AGACACGAUUGAGGAGAUGGACGAGCUAGAAGACGGGGCUUUGAGUAAUGGGGACAACCUUUCUUUGCCGUCAGCUGGGACUGAGUCAUGGCCUACUUCAGCCACCCCAGGCCUGCCACCCUCGCUCCUGAGCACCCUAGACCCAACCCACCUGGGGCUUCCAGAGCAACUGGCCUCUGUCACUGUCCCCAUCCGCCUAGACACCCUGUCCUACCUCCUACACAGUGCCCUCCUGGGGACCUACAACCUCCAGCAGUCUUUACCGCCAUGCUCCUGCACUGCCCAGCCAAGCCACAUCUGGCCAGACACAGUCAGGAGGCCACCCAGGAGAUCGGGCCAGGCCCGUGGAGGCUGGGAAGUUCGACGCAGGCCUUCCCGGGGCUGGGGCAGGGGCAGGGGCAGGGGCAGGGUCUGGGCACAGUCACAAAGGGGCCCUGAAAGAGCUGAAGAGCGGGAGAGGAACAUGGCAGGGGAGCCUGGGGCUGGCCCCAGUACCCCACCAGUGACACCACCAUCCCAGGAUGGGCAGAAGGAAGCUGGAGGACUAUCUGAAGACUGGGAGGCAGACUACUAGGACCCUGAAGAGCAUCCAGUACCUGGUCACCCCGGGAUGUUCCCAGAGCCCAGUGUUCUUACAGCUUCAGAGGUACCUUGAGAAAUAUCAUUCCUACAGUCUCCCCAGCCCCCAGACUACAAUCUCUGAAAGCCUCCUGCAGAUCACCUGGUAAAGCCUGAACCAGCCCUAGAAAUAAGAAAACUCCAUGCCCAGCCUCACAACAUCCCAACCCCAGCUACUUACUAUUCCACUCGGAAUAGUAAUGUUCUCAGUGCUCUCAAGGCUGCUCCAACCCCAUUUCCAGACCAAACCAUCCCCCCCCAAAGCCCUUCCUCUCUCCAUUCCACAGUCAGCCCAUCUUCACCAACUCCCCACUCACCUUUUGGCCUUCAGUCCAAACCCACUCUCAUCCCCAAUUUGUUUAUUUGCCGGUUUGCUUGUUUUUUGUUUUGUUUUGUUUUGUUUUGUUUUGUUUUGUUUUGUUUUGUGCUAUCCUCCCGGGUGCCAGUCAAACUCGGGAGUAAGUUGUAACUCUAAAGUAAAUUGCAAUCCUCUUUUAUUUUUAUCUUGAGAAAGAGUCUCAGCAAGUAUCCAAGCUGGCCUUGAACUUGCGAUCCUCUUGUCUCAGCUUUCUGGGAUUAAAGGUCUGGUCCACAAGGCCUCCUGUCAUUCCCAGCUUUGCUUUGUUUUAAAACCGGUUAUCCCAGUCUUGCUCUCUCAGUCAGGGUUAAGAUUGGUGUGAACUACUAGCCUGGGCUCACUCCCCACAUCCUGGUCCUCAUCUGCAGUUAUCAUAUCUCAUAUUCACCUUUACUUAACAACAGUGCUCUGCUCAACUCCAGCUCCAGCCCCAGCAGCUGCUGUGUCCCAGCCCUGCUCUGACAAGCCCUUGAUCCUACCGUACAAAGAACCCCUUGGCCUGACAUGUCUAGAUACCUAUAUCCACCCGUGCCAUUGCUGCUUCCUGUCCCUUGAGCUGGGAAGCCCAGGUUGAACAAUAAAACGGUGUCUAUCUACUCUUA